AUGCAUGGCAGGAAGCGGGAGCAAUAUGGGCAGUACGGUGGACCGCUGCUCGCACCUUUACAAAGCGGCCGGCAGCAAAGCGCUCCUCCGCAGCAAUUUACCGGCCAAAGCCUCAGUAGACGCAUCGGAGCGACCUCGCCGUUGAGAGACCGCCGUUUCCCUUCCGGCACGCGGCAGCGCGUGACGGGACCCGUCGCGAUUGGGCAUCCCAUCGGUCAGGCGGGGCGACAGCGCGACAAAUUUGUCGCGCUGCCAGAGGAGGAAGAUGAGACCGUCGCGUUGCUGCCCGCACCGCUGGCAGACGCAGCCCUGCCGACUCCAUCACCUGAGGAUGCGCUAUCAAUCGCCGCAGCCCUGCCGCCUGGCAUCUUCGAGGACCUCCCCCGUGACGAUUUGACGCGAUCACUAUUACGAGAAGACAGCUGCUGGCGGGGCCGCAUUACGUUUUAUUGUGUCGCGGACAGCUUUGACCGCAAGAAGCUGGAGGAGCUGCUGAAACUGACGUACCCUCCAAGCACGGUUCGCUCCUUCCCGGACGUGUUUUACGUGGAGUACAUCAAGGGUGCUGACACGCAGCCGGGGGGUGAUGUGUUUUUCUUUGACUACGGAGUGGUGGCGUGCUGGGGUAUGACUAAGGCCCAGGAAAUGACUAUCGUACGGGGAAUAGCCACGCAGUGUAUGAAGGACCCCUUGGAGGAGCAGUGGACGGAGGUGGAUGAGUUUCAGUACUGCUUCAGUCACGAGAAACAGCAACACGUACAGAACGACACCGUCACGUUGCACCGGAGAUACGCGCAAGACUACAAGAUGAAACUGGCUAUCAGUUACGCUCUGGCACAGUCCACCAAGCUAUCGGUGUACGAGAAACGCGUGACGCAUGUCGUACUGGAGACCAAGAACCUGCCACACGCUCUGGCCGAGCACGGCGAGGUGGACAUAUCUGGCCACGAUAUCGCCAAAUUGAUCGGGAAGGUCUUCUUGCAAAAGAGCGCUGUCAACUUGCUGGUUCUGGAGAUGUUGGACAUGCUCCGAGACCACCAGAAUAACUACCACAAUGUACGACUGGAGUGGAUCGUGAUUUGGUUGAUCGUUGUGGAAGUGGUUGUGGGUCUGUUUGAGCUGUUGGGGUUGUUCGGGUUGGUUGGGCACCAAGAUAAGAACUGA